AUGGUGGUUCACAUGAAUGGAUACAGCUUCCAUGUGCACGACUGUGCAUACAUUGUGCUGGAUUGGGACAAAUUUGAAGCGAACCAUAAUGACGCAGAGCCAUGUGUGUAUUGUGGCUCUGUGGAUGCCACAGAGGAGAUGUUGGAGUGUGACAAGUGCCUGAAGGGAUACCACACGGCCUGUCUCACCCCACCGCUCGAAGAACUGCCGCCAGAUGAUGUGGCUUGGAUUUGCCCCUUCUGCGAAACUGGGAGCUCUGCUCCCGAAGGAGCAACUAAGACCGCACGUGAGCUGUAUUUGGGAGGAGACUCAAUUUUGGCAGUCUGCCGAAUAGAGGCACUGUGGGAGGAUGCAAAUGGUGAACCGUACUGUAAAGCUCGCUGGUACUGGAAGCCAGAGGAAACGCACACGGGCAGACAGAGGCAACAUGCUGCACGUGAGAUAUUUCUGGGUGAACACUGCGAUGACAAUCCAGUGGAUGCUCUGCUGCGGCCAGUACAAGUGCUGGCACCAGAAAGCUUUGGAAAGGCCAACGAAGGGGAUGACGUGUAUUUGUGCAGAUUGAAGUACAACGCACUUACCAAG